AUGGUAACUUUGUCUGCCAAAUUUGAGGUUGCUCUGACAUCCACCCUUCUCUCCUCAGGCAUUAAGACGGCCUUUGUUAAGCAGCACUCGGACACGGCGUUCAUCGCAGCGCACUGCCAGAUGAUACCCAUUGAGUGGGUGUGUCGCAGAGUGGCGACUGGAUCUUUCCUCAAGAGGAAUCCAGGAGUCAAAGAGGGCUACCGCUUUUCUCCUCUAAAGAUGGAGAUGUUCUUUAAAGAUGAUGCCAACAAUGAUCCUCAGUGGUCAGAGGAGCAGCUGCUGGAGGCCAAACUGUGUGUGGCUGGGCUCACUAUUGGUCAGUGUGAGGUGGACAUAAUGAGUCGCAGCACUGUGGCCAUUUUUGAGAUAGUGGAGAAGGCCUGGGCCACUCAGAACUGCACCCUGGUGGACAUGAAGAUUGAAUUUGGCGUCAGUGUGAAAAGUGGAGAGAUUGUGCUCGCUGACGUGAUUGACAACGAUUCAUGGAGGCUUUGGCCAGCUGGAGAUCGGAGCCAGCAAAAAGACAAACAGGUGUACAGAGAGCUGAAGGAAGUGACCCCAGAGGCAAUGCAGAUGGUGAAGAGGAAUUUUGAGUGGGUCAAGCAGAUUAUCCUGAAUGGGCAGGUUCGAUCUCAGGCGUCGUCCCAUAAGAAGCUGUGCUGGUGA